UUUUGUUUUUCUUCUUCUUCUUCUCCUCUAUUAAUUCCGUCUCCCCCAAUACUUAACCUCCUCCUCUGUCUCCGCCGCAUUCUCUCACUGUCCAAAUUAUUACUCUCUCUCUAGAUUCGCCAUUUAUAUCUCCGUCCUCCGAAGAGUCACCCGCCGGAGUUCCGAGCGCCCUGAUUUUUCUAUACUGGUAGUUUUCUCAAUUGAUUUCGCGUAGCGAUCUCAUGGCAUUUGAUACUGACGGGAGUGAUGGGGCUGUUUCCAUUAGUAAACAGAAAAAGAGUGAAAAUUCAGCUCCAACAAUGGGAUUACAAAAUGCUACUGGCUGUUUUGAUUGCAACAUAUGUUUUGAGUCGGCACAUGAUCCUGUGGUUACACUUUGUGGCCACUUGUACUGCUGGCCUUGCAUUUACAAGUGGCUCCAUAUCCAGGACACCUCCCUUGAAUCAGAAGAGCAACCUCAGUGUCCUGUUUGUAAGGCUUAUAUCUCAAACACCUCGUUGGUCCCUCUCUAUGGCCGUGGUUCAUCAUCAUCAGACUAUGAAUCCAAGAAGCUUGAACUGGAGUUCUCCAUACCUCAAAGGCCACCAGCUCUCAGCAUGAACACGCCACCGCCAAAUUCACGACCACAUCAGCAACUUCCGCCCAAUGCUUUACACCAACCACCACCACUGUUCCAUCACCAACAAUACUUCCCUCAAGCCUUUGGCGGCUAUGCAUCAAUUGGACCUUCUAGCUUCGGGGGCACAGCAGUUACCAGUUUCUUCAGCCCCACUGUUGGUAUGUUUGGAGAAAUGUUCUUUGCAAGGAUGUUCGGUAGCACUGACACAACUGUAUUUGCUUACCCAAGUGUCUCAGCUGCCGGUGGCCCUAGAAUGAGAAGGCAAGAAAUGCAGGUGGAGAAGUCUCUUAACAGAUUAUCCAUCUUCCUCUUAUGCUGCUUAAUUCUAUGCCUUCUCCUAUUCUAAAUUUCAAUUUUGCCUUGUAUAGUUGUAUCAAUUAUGUGACUGCUUCCAAACAGUCAAGGAUAUAGAUAUUAGCCAAAUACUCAGCUAUUCAAGACGUGUUAUAGCCGUGUCCUAGCUAUUGGCUUUCAUUGCCAUGACGUUCUUCUCACUUUGACUGUUUGAUGGCCUCGAGCUUGUCUUGUGCCACGUUAUUAUUAUCUACAUGUUUCAAACUCGGGUGCAAUUUGAAAUGCACAGUUUGCAGCUAUUGAUUGUGUUCUAGUCUUCUUUCUCUAUUGUCA